AUGACCUUCUGCAUCCAUGUCUCUCUUCGUUUUUACAGAGAUCGAAAAUUAUAUAAACUGGGAUUAAAAGGAUUUUAUGUUAAAGAUGACAAUGACAGUACAGGGGAGGAACAAGCAUCCGAGGAGGAGAACCGUUGUCGUAAUGUGACAUUAAAGGUGGAUACUAAUUGUGCUUUCGACCUGGAAGAAGUUGAACUAGACUCGGAGGCUGAGCUUAUGAAGAGUAUGGGAUUGCCUCUUCAGUUUGGUGGGCAGUCAGCCCACAGGGACUUUGUGGCAACAGAACAUUAUAGAAAGAGAAGUAACAUGAAGAUUAUGAAAAAGAAAAAGAAGAAGAAAAAAGAGUCUCGUGGUGAUCAUAUCCAGUCCAUUUCUGGUGAGCCUGCCCUAGCUCCAGAGCAAAGUGGGAACAGCGGCAAACCUCAGGAUGUAAGUGAAGGGAACUGUGAAAGUUCAGAAAGUCUUGCCAAUGAGGCUUUACCCAGUGAACUUAGAGAAAAUUGGGAGAAGUACUGGAGUGAGUACGGAGAGGGCCUUCUUUGGCAAAGCUGGCUGGAGAAGCAUCAAGAGGUCUCAUCAUCUGAGGCCACAACAGCCUCUGAGCCUUGGAAUAGUCCAGACACCAAGGAAGAGUGGGAGCAGCAUUAUAACGAACUGUACUGGUAUUACUGGGAACAGUUUCAGUACUGGACGAGUCAAGGGUGGGCUACUGAGAGCUCACACAGUGACAAGGUGGAAGCUAACGGGGUUACCCAGGAGACGGAUCUUUCGGGAAAAAUGGACUUGGUUAGUCCAAGUGAAGUGCUGAGCUUGGACCUGUCUCCCUCGAACACCAGAAGUGAGGAAACACUCCCUUCAAGUGCUGAGCCCCACAGUGAAAUAAUCUCUGGGAUUUGUAGUUUAAAUCUGAGUUUGGAGGAAGUGGAGCAGGACAAGGCAGCUAUAACAGUAACCCACCGAGGUCCCCAGGAGCAGAGUUCAUCUGACAGCGAAAGCCAGAAGGAGCCCUGUGAUGGAGGAGCCAGGAAAAGGAGUGCUUCUUGUGAAAAUAAAAGUAUUAACCAGUCAGGUUCACAGGGGUCAUGUAGCUCGAAUUCAAAUGACAAAGAACAGUUGCUGCUUCGUAACCACGAUGAAGAUGAGGAUGAAGAGCCUCCUGAAUACAGACAUGCCAAAGUCAAGAGAAGCCAUGAACUGGACGUGGAUGAGAACCCAGUGGAAGAUCCUGAGGAAACCUGCUCUGUUUUGGGUUUCAAGUGUGGCACAGGACAAAAGUAUGGUGGAAUUCCAGAUUUCACCCACCGAAGUGUGCAGUACUUGGAGAAAAAAGCAAAACUCAAGUCCAAAUUCUUGGAUAUGCGUAAACCAAGGAAGAGCAAAAACACACACAUCUUCUUUACAGAGGGAUCUGAAACAUCUUGCAAAAAAAGUAAAACCUUGAAGAAGGUGGAAGUGUUCCUGAAGCAGGUCAGAGAACCUGGGGAGUCAGCCGCACCCCCGACGGGCUCCCCGCAGGAGACAGCAGAGCUGUCAUCCCCCAGGAACAGCUCCUCGGAGGAGGAUGAGGACGGUGCUGCUGCCGCGCUGAACGCUGAAGAGCAAAAGCCUCCAUCCUCCAUUGCAGCCGUGGCAGAACCUGGGGGCAGCGACAUUGCAGAGGAAGCGCAGGACGCGGCAGCGAGUGGCUCCGAUGGCCAGGAUGCAGGGAGGCAGGAGCGCGGCUGCGGGCGGCAGCUGGUCCCACUGGAUGUUCCCGAUUAUCUCCGGGCAGAGACGGAGGACGUCGGCCAAGCUGUAGAUGAAAAGAUGAAGGAGAAAAAGAAGAAGGAGAAAAAAAGGAGAAGAAGGAAUAAAAUUGCGCUGGGAGCGAUACCUGCCGAGAUUGCUGCAGAUCCGGAGCUGGCCAAGUACUGGGCGCAACGCUACCGGCUGUUCUCUCGGUUUGACGAGGGAAUUAAACUAGACAGAGAAGGCUGGUUUUCUGUUACUCCUGAGAAAAUAGCUGAGCAUAUUGCUGUCCGCGUUAGUGAGUCAUUCAACUGCGAUAUCAUAGUGGAUGCAUUCUGCGGGGUUGGAGGAAACGCUAUUCAGUUUGCGUUGACCUCAAAAAGAGUGAUCGCUAUUGAUAUUGAUCCGGAGAAGCUCAGUCUGGCGCGCAACAACGCUGAGGUGUACGGCGUGGCGGAUCAGAUAGAAUUCGUGUGCGGAGACUUCAUGGUGCUGGCUGCUGACCUGCAAGCAGAUGUUGUGUUCCUCAGCCCGCCCUGGGGCGGGCCUGACUAUGCCACUGCCGAAAUCUUCAAUAUCCAAACCAUGAUUUGCCCAGAUGGAUUUGAAAUUUUCAGGCUCUCCAAGAAGAUCACCAACAAUAUUGUGUAUUUUCUACCUCGAAAUGCUGACAUUGACCAGGUGGCUUCCUUAGCAGGGCCAGGAGGGAAAGUUGAAAUAGAACAAAAUUUCCUCAAUAAUAAACUGAAGACAAUUACAGCUUAUUUUGGUGAUCUAAUAAGGCAUGACAUCUCCUGAACUGAACUCGGUGUGGAUUCUUCCAAACCCAGCCUCCUUGACUGCUGCUUUGCUUAAGCUUUUGUACAGCUGGCUGGUCAAAAAUGACCUAAAGCCAUUUUCCGCUUUAAUGUUGUUUUACAAAAAAAAUGUUCUGUUUAUUGCUACUGUCAAUAAAUGUUUUAUAAUA